AUGGCAUUAUGUCAACCAGAAAUAGAAUUUGAAAAGGAUGUUUAUCUUCCGGGGGAAGAAAUCACCGGACGAGCAUGGGUAUCAACUACCAAGGAUAUGAAGGCGAAGAGUGUAGAAAUCACUUUCACCGGAAAAGCUAUCAACGCUUUCAAAAUAGGAAAAUCCAACGUAUCCAAAGCUGGAAAGAAAAGUGAAGAUGUUUACGUGGAGAUGAAACAUGAAGUGUGGGCUCCGGAAAAUGAAGAGAAUACGUUCCCAGCUGGAGACUACGAAUGGAAAUUCUCUUUCGAGCUUCCGAAAAAUUGUCCACCGAGUUUCGAGGGGAAAGGCGGGUUUAUCCGUUACUCGGUACUUCUUCAUAUGGAUAUUCCAAAUUCGAAACAGAUUAAUAUUGAAAGGGCAGUAACUGUCUCCCCAAUCAUUGAUCUGAAUAAUAUUGCUGAGGCUGGAGAGCCAACGAAAAUGGAAUUGAAUUCCACAGUCUCCUUCUGUCACUGCUUUCCAUGUCUUCCGAGUCGUGGAUCUGUUAUUUACGAAUUGGCUUCUCCAAAGCUUGGAUAUGUCUCAGGAGAAACUGUAAUUAUUAACGGGCGUAUUCAUAACAAGACAUCCAAACCAAUUCGAAUCAUCCAAGCGAAACUUAACCGUUUGGUUACAUAUCGUGAGGAACUUCAGGGCAAGAACAAGAAGAGAAACCCAGCAAAUGCAAAAGGAUUCAAAAGCCAGGCCGAAAAAACAGUACUCGAAACCAAAAUUGAAAGAUGCCAAAUUCAACCAGAUGAGAUCAUGCCAUUCGAGUUCUCAUUCGUGAUCCCACCUGUGGUUGCUACAAUCAGAAACUCGAAAUGCAUCAAUGUGGAAUACAAUGUUUCAAUUUGGGCAGAUACCGGAUUCUGCAACAAGAUUGAGGAUGCCUCUUUGAAUAUUCUUGUUGGCAAUGUUCCAUUGGAUCCAAGUUCUUUAGCAUCUCAAAAGUUCGUCGAUGGAAACGCUGCGCAAAGCUGGAAAGUUCAUCUGAAACCCGACUUCACUUAUCAAAUCCCGUACUAUGGAAUCUAA